AUGGUCUCUGUCUUCCGGAGCGAGGAGAUGAGCCUGAGGCAGCUCUUCCUGCAGGUGGAGGCUGCCUACUGCUGCGUGGCUGAGCUCGGGGAGCUGGGGCUGGUCCAGUUCAGAGAUCUGAAUGUGAAUGUCAACAGCUUCCAGAGAAAGUUUGUGAAUGAAGUGAGGAGGUGCGAAUCCUUGGAGAGAAUCCUGCGCUUUCUGGAAAAUGAGAUGGAAGAGAAUGUUGAGAUAGUCCAAGGAGAAAAGUACCCAGAGACCCCCCUACCUCGGGAAAUGAUUGAUAUGGAGACAGUACUGGAGAAACUUGAAGCUGAGUUGCUGGAAGCCAACCAGAACCAGCAAACACUGAAGCAAAACUUCCUUGAGUUGACAGAGCUCAAACAUCUGCUGAAGAAAACCCAGGACUUCUUCGAGGCAGAAACCAAUCUGCCAGAUGACUUCUUCAGUGAAGACACAUCUGGAUUGCUGGAGCUGAGAAGCACUCCUGCUGCUACAGCUGCCAAGCUGGGAUUCACAGCAGGGGUAAUAAAGAGGGAGAGGAUGAUCCCCUUUGAGCGUUUACUGUGGCGAGCCUGCAGGGGAAACAUCUACCUGAGAUACACAGAAAUGGACACCCCCAUGGAGGACCCUGUGACAAGAGAAGAGGUGAAGAAGAACGUGUUCAUUAUCUUCUAUCAAGGAGAGCAGCUUAAACAAAAAAUCAAGAAGAUUUGUGAUGGAUUUCGUGCCACAGUCUAUCCUUGUCCAGAGUCUGCCACCGAGCGCCGAGAAAUGCUUGAUGGAGUCAACACAAGGAUCGAGGACUUAAACACUGUGAUAACACAAACCGAGUCCCACCGCCAACGGCUGCUGCAUGAGGCGGCAGCCAACUUGUGGUCCUGGGGUAUCAAGGUGAAGAAAAUCAAGGCCAUCUACCACAUCCUGAAUUGCUGUAACAUCGAUGUCACCCAGCAGUGUGUCAUUGCAGAGAUCUGGUUCCCAGUGGCUGACGCUGACCGGAUAAAAAAAGCUCUCCAUCAAGGAAUGGAACGCAGUGGCUCCACGAUUGCCCCCAUCCUCACUGCCAUACACACCAGGAUGGCACCACCCACCUUCAACAGGACCAACAAGUUCACAGCUGGAUUUCAGAAUAUCGUGGAUGCGUAUGGCGUGGGCAACUACAGGGAGAUGAACCCAGCUCCCUACACUAUCAUUACUUUCCCCUUCUUGUUUGCGGUGAUGUUUGGGGACUGUGGCCAUGGUGCUGUCAUGCUGGGCUUCGCACUCUGGAUGGUCAUUAAUGAGAAGAGCCUUCUGGCCCAGAAAAGCACUAAUGAGAUCUGGAACACCUUUUUCAGCGGGCGCUACCUGAUCCUGCUCAUGGGCAUUUUCUCCAUGUACACUGGCUUCAUCUACAAUGACUGCUUCUCCAAAUCGUUCAACUUCUUUGGUUCUUCCUGGCAUAUCAUCCCCAUGUUUAAAAAUAACACUUGGAAUAAGGAUGUGCUUCUAGACAACACAGUGCUGCAGUUGGAUCCAGCAGUCCCAGGAGUUUACUCUGGAAAUCCAUAUCCAUUUGGAAUAGAUCCGAUCUGGAACGUUGCAUCGAACAAGCUGACUUUCCUGAACUCCUACAAAAUGAAGAUGUCGGUUGUCAUAGGGAUUGUGCACAUGAUUUUUGGGGUGAUACUCAGUCUCUUCAACCACAUCUACUUCAGGAAAUACAUAAACAUCAUCCUUCAGUUCAUUCCAGAGAUGAUUUUUAUUAUCUCUCUCUUUGGCUACCUGGUCUUCAUGAUUAUUUUCAAAUGGUGUCAUUUUGAUGUCCAUUCAUCCCAGAGUGCACCAAGCAUCCUCAUCCACUUUAUCAACAUGUUUCUGUUCAAUUAUAGUGACACUUCAAAUGCUCCAUUGUAUCUGCAUCAGAAAGAAGUGCAGAGUUUCUUGGUCAUAUUUGCUCUGAUUGCUAUUCCCUGGAUGCUCCUAAUUAAACCUUUCAUCCUCAGAGCCAACCACCAGAAAGCGCAGCGCAUGAUCCAUUCUCAAGCCAUCUCAGGAAACUCAGGAGGUGAAAAUGAGGCAGAUGUCCCAGAGACCAAUCACUCCAAGAAAGCUUCCCAGGGAGACCACAGUGGUGGCCAUGAAGGACAUGAGGGUGAUGAUGAAGAGUUCAAUUUUGGAGACAUAUUUGUCCACCAAGCUAUCCACACCAUUGAAUACUGCCUUGGCUGCAUCUCCAACACAGCCUCCUACCUGCGACUCUGGGCUCUGAGCUUGGCCCACGCACAGCUGUCAGAGGUCCUUUGGACCAUGGUGAUGCACAACGGGCUCAGCAGCAGCGGCUGGGCAGGGCUCAUCGCCAUCUUCAUCAUCUUCGCAGCGUUUGCAGUGCUGACAGUAGCCAUCCUGCUGGUCAUGGAGGGGCUCUCAGCCUUCCUACACGCCUUGCGCCUGCACUGGGUGGAAUUUCAGAACAAGUUCUACGUGGGAGCUGGGUACAAAUUUUCUCCGUUCUCCUUCAGUCACAUCAUCAAUGGCACUGCAGAAGAGUAA